UUUGUCAUAACUAUUAAUAUUAAAGUUUUUUUUCUCUCAAUAUUUUAACAUCUUCAAAUAUAAUCUAAAUGUGUAAAUGUUUUAAGACAUAAAAAUACGUUGUGAGCUCAUUCCUGAAUUUAUAAUAUUAAUGCAUUGAUUAAUAUGAUUCAUAAAAUAUCUGAUACACACAAAAAGAAUGUACAAUUGUAUUUGCAUGCAGAAAUAUUGUAUGCACUCAACUUGAAAUGCUUUGUGAGAUUCUGAUCACUCAAUAUAUUUUCAUGUUUCUUUUUCUCUUGUUAUAUGGAAUAAUGCAUCUUUGUGCUGUCCUCUAAUAUGGAUUUGUGCAUCUGGAUUUCGUCUCUGUUGCUGUCGGUGUAACUGGCCAUGACUGUGAAAGCAGACAACCUCAGGACACCACAGGCCCGACGCCACUCGACAGCACCAGAGUUUUGGAGAGAUUGAGUCAUCGUGAAGAGAAAUACAUCCCGCAGAAGUCUCCUGAACACACACAUAGAAGAUGAUGGAGUGUAAAAUCACUCUGCUGGACAGCACAGACUACACCUGCACUGUAGAGAAACGAGCGAAAGGACAGGCGCUGUAUGAUAAAGUUUGCGAUCACCUCAAUCUUCUGGAGAAAGAUUACUUCGGCAUCACGUACCGGGACGCUGAAAGCCAAAAAAACUGGCUGGACACUUCCAAAGAGCUGAAGAAACAGAUCAGAACUGGUCCCUGGAACUUUGCCUUCAACGUGAAGUUCUACCCUCCUGAUCCUGCACAGCUCUCUGAAGACAUCACCAGGUAUUACCUGUGUCUGCAGCUGCGAGAUGACGUGAUAUCUGGACGUUUACCGUGUUCUUUCGCCACUCACACCCUUUUGGGCUCUUAUACGGUGCAGUCUGAGGUGGGAGACUAUGACGCUGAUCUGCAGGGCCCCGGAUACGUCAGCGACGUGCGUUUGGCCCCAAAUCAGACCAAAGAACUGGAGGAGAAAGUCAUGGAGCUUCACCGCAGCUACAAAGGAAUGAGUCCUGCUGAAGCUGAGAUGCUGUUCUUGGAAAACGCAAAAAAACUCUCCAUGUAUGGAGUCGACCUGCAUCAUGCCAAGGACUCUGAGAGUGUGGAUAUCAUGCUGGGUGUUUCUUCCAGCGGCCUCCUCGUCUACAGAGAUAAACUGCGCAUCAACCGAUUCGCCUGGCCCAAAAUCCUUAAGAUCUCUUACAAGAGGAACAACUUCUACAUCAAAGUCCGACCAGGAGAGUUGGAACAGAUCGACAGCACAAUCGGAUUUAAACUCCCAAAUCACAAAGCGGCAAAAAGACUCUGGAAAGUUUGUGUAGAGCAUCACACCUUCUUCAGGCUGGUGUCCCCCGAAGCUCCUCCCAAACGCUUCCUGUCACUGGGGUCAAAGUUCCGCUACAGCGGGCGAACACAAGCACAGACUCGGCGGGCGAGCGCUCAGAUCGCACGUCCUGCCCCUCAGUUCCAGCGCACAAGCAGCAGACGCCACACCGUCGCAGUCAGCAUGGACAACACUCCAGCGGGUAACCAUGACAACAUGAAAAACUCCAAGCCUGUCAUUGCUACGGAUGACCUCAUCACUACAGAAACACCGGAGAAGAAAUUAGAGGAGAUAAACUCUGUGGAGAAGGAGAGUAAAACUGACGAAUCAGAACAAGCCCCGCCCACUUCGGUCACCAAGUCGUGUCCGUACUCGUCAGGUCCGUUAGGUUCCGAGCUCUCCCUCCCCUCCUCGCCUGUUUCCUCACCGAAAGUCCGCAGAAGACGUCGCGAGAGCAGUCGCAAGCGUGCCGCCUCCGUCAGUCCCGCCAAAACCACGGCAGGUUGCAGGCGGCGGCAGGCCCAAGCUGACCGCAAAGCCGCUCUGCUGGAAGAACAGGCACUCCUGCUGUCUGCUCGUAAACAGAGGCUGGACCAGAACCGGACCAGAGGAGGAACGCUCUUCUCGUUUUCCCUUCACCUGCCCGAACUCUCGGCGCUCCUGGAUGACGACGGUUACCUGAGCUUCCCUGAUCUCACGGAGCUGCGCUUCCUGCCCGAGAGCCUGCAGCACUUCAUGCCCAUCAAGUCUCCGUCUCUCAUUCCCUGUUUCCUCUUCAUUUUCUUCUUCCUCCUGUCCACGUCUUUCUCCGUUCCGUACGCUCUCACGCUGUCAUUCCCGCUGGCAUUGUGUCUGUGCUAUCUGGAGCCGAAGGCGGCAUCGCUCGGGUCGUCUCUGACGCAGGGUUUCCAGGACAGUUCAGAUGAUGAGACAGACAGCGAUCAAACUGACUUUGCUUGUGAUGACGACACUUCUGCGACUGAGUCAGACUUUGAGGACGACUCUGACACAAGGAUGCAGAUCUCCUCUGAGGUUAAAGCUGACCCUGAAGAUGUUUCAGAACAAUCAGAUCAUGUGACUGAUGCUGUUGAGAGUUCAGUUGAACUGCAGGAGGAGGUGUUUUUGGAGUCAGGGGUCAUAGAGGAGGUGAAGGAAACUUCAUCAGAGACCAUAACUGAGAAGACCACAGAGAGAGAGAUCCAAUGUGUGAAGAUGCAGUAUGAGGUUGAGAGGGCAGAAGAUAUGAGCUUAGCGCCCUCUGUUGGCGAAAAAGAAAAGUACAUUGUGGCUUUGAAUGAAGCUAUCGCAAUGGGGAGAUGCUCUGCACGUUCAUCUAGUGUAGAAGAUGAAAGUAUAGUUGAAAAAAAGGUAAAAGAAUGUGCCAUUCUGGAAGAAGAUGUGCUGGGAGCCAAAAGCUGCAUUGAACCCUUUAUUGGUUGGGCAGUACCUGUGGAAUCUGAUUGGCUUCCUGUACAAACCUCUUAUCAGACCAAAGGGAUUCUUGCUGGAAACCAAGAAGCGAUGUGCCAUGAAGAAGAAGAUGGUGGUGGUGUUGUAGAAAUGGACAAACACAUUGUCCUUUCAUGGGAACAGCCAGACCAAAGUAUUGACUCUGAAGAAGAGAUUAAGGAUACUGAACCCGGUGCCCUGAAAGAGAUCUCUUCAAAAACUCAAGACGAGGAGGAGGUGAUGUUGGAGAACGUGAACUCUAAUGAGAUGCCAGUAUUUUACAAUGACAACGUUGAGAAUUCCCAUCAAGAGUGGGUUGAUGAAGUGGUUGGGGACAUUAAGAACUUUGAUUAUUCUCAACACUUGUACUGUAAUGAAGAGGAACGUGUAGAGGAAAUCAUCAUCUUGGAGACCCAAGUUGAGAGGCAGCCCUGUGGAGAAAUGGAUGAACAGACUGUCCAGAUCUGGCAUGAGAGACACCAAAUGUUUGCAGAGGAGAUCGAGGAAACUGAAAUAGAUACUCCGCUUGGGAGAGAAGAAACCUUCUCUGAAACCCAAGACUGGGAGGAGUUGUUGGAGAAUGUGAACUCUAAUGAGAUGCCAGGAUUGUCCUAUGAUAAACUUGAGAAUUCCAAUCAAGAGUUGGUUGAUGAAGCCAUUGGGGACAUUGAAAAGUUCAAUUAUUCUCAACACUUUGACUUAAAUGAAGAAGAACCUGUGGAGGAACCCAUCAUCUUGGAGACUCAAUUUGAGAGGCAGACUGUCCAGAUCUGGGAUCAUGAACACCAAAGAAUUGAGUUUGCAGAGGAGAUCGAGGAAACUGAAAUGGAUACUCCCCUUGGGAGAGAAGAAACCUUUUCUGAAACCCAAGUCUGGGAGGAGUUGUUGGAGAAUGUGAACUCUAAUGAGAUGCCAGGAUUGUCCUAUGACAAACUUGAGAAUUCCAAACAAGAGUUGGUUGAUGAAUCCGUUGGGGACAGUGAAAAGUUAAACUAUUCUCAACACUUUGACUUAAAUGAAGAAGAACCUGUGGAGGAACCCAUCAUCUUGGAGACUCAAUUUGAGAGGCAGACUGUCCAGAUCUGGGAUCAUGAACACCAAAGAAUUGAGUUUGCAGAGGAGAUCGAGGAAACUGAAAUGGAUACUCCCCUUGGGAGAGAAGAAACCUUUUCUGAAACCCAAGUCUGGGAGGAGUUGUUGGAGAAUGUGAACUCUAAUGAGAUGCCAGGAUUGUCCUAUGACAAACUUGAGAAUUCCAAUCAAAAGUUGGUUGAUGAAUCCGUUGGGGACAGUGAAAAGUUAAACUAUUAUCAACACUUGGACUUAAAUGAAGAAGAACCUGUGGAGGAACCCAUCAUCUUGGAGACCCAAGUUUUGAGGCAGCCCUGUGAAGAAUUGGUUGAACACACUGUGUUGAUCUGGGAUCAAAAACAUCAAGGUAUUGAGGUUGAAGGGGAAAUCGAGGGAACUGAAAUUGUUACUUUCGUUGGUGGAGAAGAAACCUCUUUAGUAACCCAAGAUGAGGAGAUGUUGGAGAAUGUGAACUCUAAUGAGAUGUUGGAUUUAUUCCAUGACAGCAUUGAGAAUUUCAAUCAAGAGUGGGUUGAUGAAGUGGUUGGUGACAUUGACAAGUUGGACUUAAAUGAUGAGGAACAUAUUAUCUUGGAGAGCCAAGUGGUGAGCCAGCCCUGUGGAGAAUUUACACUUAAUACAAAGUUCAUAUCAUUGUCUGAAUGGAACAAAAGAGCAGACCAACCUCAAGAGGAGAUUGCCUACUUUGAAGACAAAGCAUUUCCUUUACCUACCCAUUUGGACGAGCAAUCAAGUUGCCAAAAGUCAAACGUUACUUAUAAAAAAGAGGAGGAGGAAGGAAGCGAGUUGGAUUGUGGAACAAACAAAGAGGAAGAUAUACAGGAAGUAAAUGAGGUGAAUCAGGAAGUGCACAAAUCCUCUACAUUACCUCCUCUAGAGUGUGAACAGUCAGAGGAGCCGGUGCUGGAUGAGAAGGUUAAAGACGUUCCUGUAGUUCACACCGAGACCAAGACCAUCACAUACGAGUCAUCGGAGGUUGAUGCCAAUGGUGACUCAGAUCCAGGAGUUUUAAUGAGCGCUCAGACCAUCACAUCAGAGAACAACAGUACUACAACCACCACACACAUCACGAAGACGGUGAAGGACGGAAUUUCAGAGACACGGAUUGAAAAGCGGAUUGUAAUCACUGGAGACGCAGACAUCGACCACGACCAGGCUCUGGCUGAGGCCAUUAAAGAAGCUAAAGCGCAGCACCCAGACAUGUCCGUCACUAAAGUUGUGGUACAUAAAGAGUCGGAGAUGUCACCUAUUGCAGGUGAUGUGUCAGUCACACAGGAAUAAAGUCCAAACCUUCCUGGUGGUCAUCAGCUGAGAGUACUAACCCACGACCUUUAACCUCAGACGACACAAGCUGUCAGAUUUCAUUUCAGUGCAUCAUCAGCUCCACCCAGAAUGCACCAAACAUGUGAUCUACAGCGAGAAGAGUUUCAUGCCAGCAAUUUAUGUACUCUCUGUUCUCCAAAACCUUAAAAAUGGGAAAAGUAACAUUUCCACACACACACACACACACACACACACACACACACACACACACACACACAAAAAGCCUUACAAUAUCUGUGAUUUUUCAGAAUGAUUUAAAUGUGUUUAAUUUAUGCAACUUCAGUUUAUUUAUAGUCCAACACUCUGAAGUGGAGAAUGUUGAUGCAUUGAAACAUUUUAAUUUGUAUGAAAGAAAAAAGCAACAAAAAAAAGAAAGAAAUCAACGUGCCAACAUGUUGCUAGGCUUUGUAACCUGUCUGGAAAAAACAUUUUUGAUCAGGUUAACAUAUCAAGAAUUGGUUUUUAAGUCCUGUAUAAAGUUUCCAAGCUUGUUAGUUAAGAAAACAGAAACUACUACCCCUAUAGAAUUCAGAUACUUAUUUUUACUUGAAUCAUAAAAGUAUUUUUAUCGCAAUGGUUGUUUCACAGUUGUUUUUCUUGCACCAAAUGACUGCGUAAAAUAAACAUGCAAAAAAUGUACAAUUUGUUGGAACAAUGCCACUAUAUUAAGGGCUGCCUUUGGUAACUUUGUAACCCAUAAAGAUUUAAAAAAAAAGCUUUUUUUUUUGUUUUGUGUUUUUGGCCACUCUGUCUCUUUAGUGUAGUCACAGAAUGGACCAGAAACGCACUAGCGUGCUUUUGGUUUUGUAUUAAAGUUUAGACAUAAGGGUUUGCAGUAGAAAUCUCUAGAUCUGACCAUUUGACCAUUUCUUACAUUUGACCCUACAAGAAAAAGGUCAGAGGUGUAGUAUUUUUCUAGUGCUCUGUAGUGCACGCCUAACACACAGCACCUCUGCAUAUGAAAGCAAAAAACAACAAUGAAUGCAACUGAUGUGAUUCAUUUUGAGUUUUUAUUAUUUUGGAAUAAAAUAUUGCUGAAAUCA